CUGCAUAUUUGCGUCAAUCCGUACAUAAUUUUUUUAGGUGGACCAGGAUCAGGCAAAGGAACACAGUGUGAAAAAAUAGUAGCCAAAUAUGGAUUGUCUCAUCUAUCGUCUGGAGAUCUUCUCAGGGAUGAGGUUAAGUCAGGAUCACCCAGAGGAGCUCAGCUCACUAAAAUAAUGGAAGCUGGAGAACUGGUUCCUCUCGAAGUCGUCCUCGAUCUGAUCAAAGAGGCAAUGCUGAAAGAAGUAGCUAAGGGUUCCAAAGGAUUCCUUAUAGAUGGCUAUCCUCGAGAGGUGAAGCAAGGAGAGCAAUUCGAACGUGAGAUCCAAGAGGCGAAAUCAGUCAUAUAUUUUGAUGUUUCGGAAGAUAUUUUAGUACAGCGUCUUCUGCACCGAGCCAAGACUAGUGGGCGAGCUGAUGACAACAUGGAGACUAUCAAAAAGCGUCUGAAAACGUUCACAAACGCCACAGCUCCAGUCGUUGAUUACUACGCGAAAAAGAACAAACUCAUU